AUGUGGGCACGCGUAGCGGAGAUUGAAGAACAACAGUUGCGGGAACAGGUGCAGGCGGCAGUCCCUAGGCUAAUCCGACGUUGUCGGAUGAUUCACCGUAACCAUGCCGAAGCUCACGACCGGUUGUUCGCGGAUUACUUUGCCGAGCAGCCAAGCUAUCCGGCGACAGUUUUCCGUCGGCAUUUCAGAAUGCAGAAGGAACUUUUCUUGCGCAUUGUAAAUGCACUUUCGGCCCGUUACGAGUACUUCCAGCUCUGCACCAACGCCGCCGGAAAGAUCGGUCUGUUGCCGCUGCAGAAAUGCACGGUUGCCAUACGACAGUUGGCUUACGGAGGAACUGUCGAUAUGUUCGACGAAUAUCUUCACGCCGGCGAUACGACUGGACGCGAGUGUCUGAAGAAUUUUUGUCUAGAAGUGAGAGAGACAUUCAGAGACCUAUAUGUGGAAGCCAACUUGGAAGAACUUCCCAACGGCGUGGAGAGGCUAGUUUACAACCGGGUUCAAAGGCACGCACCCCACCAUCAUACUCGAAGCUAUUGCCGAUCAAUGACUCUGGAUUUGGCAUAUGCUUACUUCGGUGUUGCCGGGUCGAAUAACGACCUCAACGUCCUGCAGUCCUCGCCACUCUUCAAUCAACAAUGCAGGGGUUUAGGCCCAGCUAUUGACUUCACUGUCAACGACAAUCCCUAUAAGAUGGGUUACUACUUGGCUGAUGACAUCUACCCGUCGUGGCCCAUUUUUUUUAAGACGAUCAGAUGCUCAACUGAGCCGAAGAGGGCUUAUUUUGCCCAAAAGCAAGAGGCCGCUCGAAAGGAUGUGGAGCGGGCUUUUGGUGUGCUCCAAGCGCGUUAG